AUGACGCCUGGGGAAAUCUUCACUGCAUUCGCUGGCAUCAUCACGGUGGUGGCGGUGUUCAUGUACAUUGUCAUCAUGGGACCCUCGCGCUACCACCGCGACGGCGUCGUUGGCCGAAUGUACCGGCUCCUGAUGGACUGCCCGGCGAUAUGUGGCGGUUGCUGUUGUGGUAUUUUCUUUGGCUGCAGCUACACGCGUGGGCGGCAGAAGUGGACGCGCUGUGCCGAUCACACGCUGCGGGAGCGCAACUGCUUCAUGGUCGUCUUCUAUAUCCUCUUAGUGUGGAGUGUGGAGUUCCUGUACCUCGGCUUUGCGCUGCCGCAGCUGCAAGCGCCGGUGUGGUCGAAGGCCAUCUCCUUUUCCCUUGUUGCGCUGUCGGAGGUUUUCUACGGGCUGGCGGUGUUCUCCGAUCCCGGCCUCGUCACCACGCGGGAGGAGCAGGAGGCGCAGCGUCUCGCGUUCAGCAGCACGCCUGCGGUAAAGGUCGCCAAGAGUAGGAAGAGGGGGAAGGAGGCGGCACGGGAGGGGGGCGUCGCGGUGAAGAAAGGGACGAAGAAUGGUGUCAUUCACAACGGCAGUGAGAAGGGCAACAAGGCGACGAAGGCGAAACGUACAUUCCUGCUCUCUCCCGAGGCAGAGGCGCGGCAGAACCGAAAGUACAUCGUGGAUGGAAUCCUCUUUGGCAUCAGCAGCGGCAGUAGUGGGGAGACGCACCAAAAAGGUAACGAUGAUGACAAGGAGACGAUAUUCACAACGACAACAGCUCUUGGACAGGAGUGCGUGACGUGCCACAUCAAUCGUCCUUGUCGCAGCAAGCAUUGCCGCCUAUGUGACGCGUGUGUGCGCCGCUACGACCAUCACUGUCCGUGGAUCAACAACGAUGUGGCGGAGGGCACACACCGCUGGUUUCUGCUCUUCCUUCUCUGCCACGCUGUGUCGUGCAUCUGGGCCUCGUGGGAUCUGUAUGCUGUGAUGAAGGCGUUCCUGGUCCGCCACCGCGCGUGGGGCUGGCGGAUCCGCCUCGCCAGCGGCAACGUGUACCAGCUCGGGGUGCUGGAGUACGUUGUGAUUCUCGUGAACCACCAGACCCUCAGCGCCUGUCUGUUUUUCUUUGCGGUGAUGAUCGACAUUGUGCUGUGGGCCUUCUGGGUGUACCAGAUGUCCUUUGUUGUGCACAACCUGACGACGAACGAAAUGAACAAGAUUGACGACACAGUGGAUUUCGUCACGUCGCUGCCGACGUUGGACGCGGUGUACUGUGAGGCGAUGAAUAUGCGGCGGCGGCUGGAGGUCAUCGCGGGGCGGCCGCCGUGGCGACUGCAGCAGUUGCAGGCACCACCGGCUGGCGCGGAACCGAAUGGCAAAGCGGCGAAGGCGUACCGGAAGAAGGUGCGCAAGGCGAUGCUCGGCGACCUCAAGCGCAUAUUCGACCGUGGGGUGUGGAAUAACAUCAAGGAGGUGAUGUUCCCAUACAGCUGA